GUUUGGUUAGUCAAGUCAACCAUUUUCCCUUCGUGUUCUUGGCGAAAAUUAAAACGCGUAAUUCGCUUGUUUAUUUUGCGUAGUGCAUGCACGAAUAAUAGAAGUAUAUUGUGCGGGAACAUGCCAGCGGUGGAAAAGCGGCUAAGGAGAUAACAGAUAGUAAAGCGACGCCCAAAAAGUGACAUAUAGAAGCGCAAGCAGAGGCUGCACGCGGGCCUUUGUUGUUGUGUCUGCUGCGGAUCCAGCGGAAACAGCGCAACCCAGUCCCCCACCACGCCCUCGAGGCACACACCCAGACAUCCACUUGCCAGCCAUACGCUUUGGCCAUGAACGGAGCACGAGACCACGCAGAUCCCCCGCUGCUCCAGCUCGAGGACGAGGUAGACCUCAUUGGAGAUUUUGUCAAGGACCUAACGCCACCAAGCAGCCAGCUGGCCCCCCUCUUAAAUGGUUUCGAAUCGACCACCAAUCAAUUGACCACCAAAGUAGAGAUCAACACCGUUGGCAUGAGCAAACGUAAGACCAGGAGACGAGGUAGAAAAGGGCGGGAACCCAUGCUACUGUCGGUUGAUGACGAUGACGACGAAGAAGAGGUGUCAGAGGAGAGAAACCACAGCAAUGGCCUGCUUCUAGGCGAGGAGAGUGCUGGGGGCGAUGCAGCACAACAGAAACCGCAACUGGAUAAGUUGGUCAUGUUCCACGAAGAUCAAACUGACGACGGCGAUGACGAAGAUGGUGAGGAGGAUGUGUUGCUAAAGAGGAGCUCAAACCUGCGCAGCAAUAGAUUCAAAGGUCGUACAGAGGAAAGCAUCGACAGCCACAGCCAACAGCCACAGAUCAUUAGUCAUAUCGCAUCCGCGAAGGUAGCCACUUCUACAUCUACAUCUCCGCUGAAAUCCAAUUCGCACAUUGCCCUCGGCCGUCAUCCACAUGACGAGGCUGACGAUAUCUGCCUGGUGCCAGAAAUCGAUUUCGAGGGCAUGUCCACGGAUGCGGCCAGCGACAACCGGGAGUCGCAGCCGCUACUGGGAGGAGGCAGUGCCAGCCACGGAAGCCGCAUCAGCGAGCUGUUAGGCGGACUAGGACGUGGUCACGAUCAUGUGGAAUUUGUAUCGAACACAUUUGGCGAUGAUCCGCUUUUCUCGGAGAUUGUGGCGAAGGCGGAAGGAGCCAUCGAGCAUGGUGUGCUGCCGGAACGAAUUUAUCAGGGUAGCAGCGGUUCCUAUUUCGUCAAGGAUGCCUCCCAUCACUGUCUGGCUGUAUUCAAGCCCAAGGAUGAGGAACCCUAUGGCAGACUGAAUCCAAAAUGGACCAAAUGGAUGCACAAACUGUGCUGCCCCUGCUGUUUCGGCCGUGCUUGUUUGAUUCCCAAUCAGGGAUACCUUUCCGAAUCAGGUGCCAGUUUGGUUGAUCGAAAGCUUAACUUGGGCGUGGUUCCAAAGACACGUGUGGUCAGGCUCGUGGCUGAGAGCUUUAACUAUGCCCGCAUCGAUCGCCAGAAGGCCAAGCUGAAGAAGCGUAUUAAGGAGCACUAUCCAUCGGCUCAUUUCAACCGAAUGAGCCUUCCUCUAAAGACUGGAUCCUUUCAGCUCUUCGUAGAGGGCUACAAGGAUGCCGACUACUGGCUGCGCCGCUUUGACAGCGAACCUUUGCCGCCGUCGGUGGCCAAGUCCUUUCAGCUGCAGUUCGAGCGCCUUGUCGUCCUGGAUUAUAUUAUUCGUAACACUGACCGCGGUAAUGACAAUUGGCUGAUAAAGUACGUUGCCCCGAAGAUAAAGAGCCAGGUGCUCGGCACGGGUGGCCAAACAAUGCACGGUGUUGUUCGUCCCAAACUGCCCAACGCUUUGGGAGUUUCAGAAAUCGUUGAUCUGAACGAGUCGCAGGGGAAUAAGAAUCUAAACGCCAAAGAUACUGGCCCCAAAAGCAAUCCGGCUGGCGGAGCAGCCACAAAUGGACAGCAGGACAGCAGCAGCUUUGCGAGUAGCGAGGAUGAGCCUUCCUCCAGAACCCCUUCUUCUGAACCCGAUUGGAAUGUGGUUAAUUCGGCUUUCAUUCGGAUCGCUGCCAUCGACAAUGGUCUCGCUUUUCCCUUUAAGCAUCCGGAUUCUUGGCGAGCUUAUCCCUACCAUUGGGCAUGGUUGCCACAAGCAAAAAUUCCAUUUAGUGAUGAAAUCAAAGAUCACGUGCUGCCGCAGUUGUCAGAUAUGAAUUUUGUAGAGGAGAUUUGCACGGAACUGUUGUACCUGUUCCAGCAGGAUCGUGGCUUUGACAAGCGUCUGUUUGAGCGCCAGAUGUCUGUGAUGCGGGGCCAAAUUCUUAAUCUCACCCAAGCCCUUAGGGAUGGCAAGUCGCCGGUGCAAUUGGUUCAGAUGCCAGCGGUCAUUGUGGAGAGAUCAAGUGGCAGUCGUUUCUUUUCAUUUACACAGCGCUUCCAAAACAAAAGCCCUUUCUUCUCUUGGUGCUAAAUUUCUAUGGAGGAGCCCUUGCUAACCCCACCAAAAACCAAAUCGUGCAGACCGGUCCUGCCGCCUCAUCAUAGUCAUGUAUAUGCGCUUCGUUGUUGUCUAGUGUAAUUCUAAAUCGUAAUUAUUUGCAGUCGGGAAAUGUAUUUCUUUUUAUAUUUUUCUUUUGGCCAAAAAAACAUGCAAUAAUUUUAUACUUUAA